AUGUUUCACAGCGCGGGAUUCAUCGCUUUAAUCCUCCCUCUCAUCGCAGCGCGCGUGACUAGGGACACUUCUUUGGCAGGUCGGGCAACCUACCCGUUCAACAACCUCGUAGCUUACGGCGAUGAACUCAGCGACAACGGCAACGGCUCUUUCGCGCACGGGAUCACUGGUGAUCCAGCCAAUGUCUACGGCUUCGGAACAUGGAUAAACGGCCCGGUCGCCGUGUCCUACCUCUCCGAUCUCCUCCGAGUUCCGCUGACGGACUAUGCAUUCGGCGGUUGCUGCGGCGGAGGCGAUUUUGGGGCGACCUUUGACAACACGUACACCAAGUCUAAGGCUGGGGCGACAGACAUGAUUGGACAAGUUUCCAACUACACCGGUCGAGGCGCCCCGGGUAUUCGCUCCUCUCUGCAGUUCCUCUGGUUCGGCGAGAAUGACCUUAGCAUGCAUACCGACGCCUUUUGGCUGGGGGAUCCAAAGAACGUGCAGUUCGCAAACGACGCGGUAGCCAAGAUCACGGCGCAGGUUAAGACCCUCAUCGACAAGGGGGCACCGUACGUCAUGGUUGCCAAUAUCUACCCGAAGCAUCUUGCCCCGGUGACGCCCAAAUAUCUCUGCGGUACCAAUGCCGACUGCGUCAAGACCUGGGGCCAGGUAAUCCAGCAAGCAAACUCGGCUAUACAGAAGAGCUUUGGGCAAUUCGGCAAGAAAGUCAUCUACUAUGACGUGUUUAGCUUCAUGAUUCAAAUUUUGGCGAACCCUAAGGCAUAUGGUUUCCCGAAGCCCCUGAACCUUUUCUGUGAUGGAGAUGAGACGGCUCAGUGGACGGACUGCAUGAUUGACGGACACGCCAACGAAUACUUCUGGAUGAACUUUAUUCAACCAACGACUGCUGGACACAAGCUGAUUGCUCAGGACAUGAAGAAGACCAUCGAUGCGCACUUCACCUGA